UGUGUUUGAGUUGGUUCUUUCUUUUUUCAGCCUUGGAGGUGUGGAGUAUUAAUUCUUAUAUGCCUGGGGUUUGAAAAACAAUGGAGACGCACAUUUCGUGCCUCUUCCCGGAAAUUUUGGCCAUGAUUUUCAGCUAUCUGGACGUGAGGGACAAAGGCAGGGUAGCCCAAGUGUGUAUCGCUUGGAGGGACGCAUCCUACCACAAGUCAGUGUGGAGGGGGGUGGAGGCCAAGCUGCACCUCCGCCGGGCCAAUCCCUCCCUGUUCCCCAGCCUCCAGGCCAGGGGCAUCCGGAGGGUCCAGAUCCUGUCCCUGCGCCGCAGCUUGAGCUACGUGAUCCAGGGAAUGCCUAACAUCGAGUCCCUCAAUCUGUCUGGCUGCUACAACCUGACGGAUAACGGGCUGGGUCAUGCAUUUGUGCAGGAGAUCCCAUCGCUGAGGGUUUUGAACCUGAGUCUGUGCAAGCAGAUCACAGACUCCAGUCUUGGCAGGAUAGCUCAGUAUCUGAAGAACCUGGAGGUGCUGGAGCUUGGUGGCUGCAGCAACAUCACCAACACUGGGCUCCUGUUGAUAGCCUGGGGCCUCCACAGGCUCAAGAGCCUCAAUCUGAGGUCCUGCCGGCAUGUCUCGGACGUGGGGAUUGGACAUUUGGCGGGGAUGACCCGCAGCGCGGCGGAGGGCUGCUUGAACCUGGAGUACCUGACUCUCCAGGACUGUCAGAAACUGACGGACCUGUCACUCAAACACAUUUCCAAGGGGCUGACCAAGCUCCGGGUACUGAACCUGAGCUUCUGCGGGGGCAUCUCAGACGCAGGGAUGAUCCACCUCUCCCACAUGGCCUCCCUGUGGAGCCUCAACCUGCGCUCCUGUGACAACAUCAGCGACACGGGGACCAUGCACCUCGCCAUGGGCACCCUGAGGCUCUCCGGGCUUGACGUUUCCUUCUGCGAUAAGAUAGGGGACCAGACCCUGGCGUACAUUGCCCAGGGGCUGUACCAGCUCAAGUCUCUGUCCCUGUGCUCGUGUCACAUCUCGGACGACGGGAUAAACCGGAUGGUGAGGCAGAUGCACGAGCUGAGGACCCUGAACAUUGGACAGUGUGUGCGCAUCACGGACAAAGGGCUGGAGCUCAUAGCCGACCACCUGACCCAGCUGGCGGGCAUCGACCUGUAUGGAUGUACCAAGAUCACCAAGAGGGGACUGGAGAGGAUCACACAGCUCCCCUGCCUUAAAGUGUUGAACCUGGGACUCUGGCAGAUGACAGAGAGUGAGAAAGUGAGGUGAUUGGAAAUGUUUUUUUGUUUUUUGUUCUUUUUUUUUUUUGUUUUUGGAUGGGGACAGAGAGGGGGGGCAUGAGGAUCAGGAGGAGGGGGAAUAGAUGGGAGGGUGAAUUUCUUUUCUUAUUUAAAAAAAAGAGAGAGAAAACGUCCCCUUUUCCCUCCUGUGUGCUUGUGCAAGGUGUGCUUCUCCCAUGUGAUCACGGUUUUAUGUUCAAAUGUUUCUUUUUUUUGUUUUUCUUUCUGUCGGCCUUGCAGGAUUUCAAUUAGUGUUUUUGAUUACGGCUUAAUAUUCGGCCUGGUAGGAAGCAAUUAAAACUUUACUUUUGUUGUGAGCCUCACGAAAAUCCCUGUUAACCAUUGUUUUGAUCUCAUAUUGAGUUUUAAUUAAUGUCUCAUAAAUUCUGACAUUGGACUGGAACAACUUCAAUGCAAAUCAGCAAAAAGUGUCAUUAGAGAAAUCUGCUUUUACCGACACUCGCUUCCAGAAUAUUCUUUAAAGUGAAACUCGCAUCCAUCCAAACUUGCACCCACUAAAAAGCAAGGUGAGGUUUUAAAACUUUUAUUUUUCCUUUUAAACAUUUUCUUUUCUUUUAUGUUUUUUUACAGUGAGUCUGGAUUCACAACUAAUCUCCGCUACAGCCAUCACGCCUAAAAACAUUUGGCUACCUCGUAUGUGGUUGUUUUCAAAAGGGUGUAUACUGUUAAAAAGAAAAAAGGAAAAAAAAAAAACCAGAAGGAAAGCGAGAAUGAGAGACUGGGAGAAAAUGUGCCUAAAGGGACUGUGUCUGCCCCCUCCCCCCAUCCCCUCCCUCCCUCCCUCCAUGAGCAGAGCUGGAGAAAGGAGAACAGGACACAAUCUUAACUACCUUUGUUAAUUUACCCUCAUAAACAGCAACAAUUUCCCGCUGAGAGACAGAGAGAAGAAGGGAGAGCCGAGCUGUAAAGUACAUUCAGAUUUCAAGAGAGCGACGCUUUUAUGCAAAAAAAAAAACACAAAACAAAACAUAAACCCGCUUGUGUGCAAGAGCUUUUUUAAAAUUGUUUGUUUUUUUUCCUUUUUUUAAGGGAUAAAGUCCGACUUUAACGCCCUUUAGAGACAGGUUGUGGUGAAGCUUUGACGAAUAUAAAGGAGACACGAUUAUCAGCUUACCCUUAGAAUAAAUACCUAUAGUCAUCCUAUCAUAAUCCUAUAGUGAUAUAGGAUUAUUACAGGGCUACAGAGCGAGAUAACACAGAUAUAAAGGUAUGAUCCGGUCAUUAUUAAACACAAUAUACGUCCAUGAGAGUGUGUUAUAGGAAUAUUGGGUGUUUUUUGUAAGGGAUGCUGGCACAAAACAAAUGUCAGAGGAUGUUUUUCAGAGCGUCGUACUUCAAAUUGAAGUGAUUUCUAUAUCUUAUACCCUUUAUUGAUCGAAACGAAUCAGGUUUUUUGUCUCAUGGCUUUAUUUUCCCACGUUAAUGCCAACACAGGUCGCAUUCAUAUUCAUGUUGCUCUCACCGGUAAGAGCAAAGGAGAGAAGAGGAGGGUAGGGAUAUCUUUUUUUUUUUUUUUCUCCAUCUCACCCUGAAUAAAAAUACCCUGAAUCCAUUUUGAGACAUGCUUAGAAUAAGGAGCAAUCGAUUAUUUCUCUCUCUCUCUCUCUUCCUCUCUCUUUCUCUCCAUCUCGGGUUACAAGCGGAAUGCAUCUCUCCCUCUCCCCAUCUCUCUCUCUCUUUCUUUUCGCACACACACACACACACAUGCACACGCGCGCACGCACACGGGGGCCUGUGUGUGUGCGCGCUUUAAUGUAAUGCAAUGACCUGCUAGAAAAAUUAAUAUACGGAUGUGCGUCCUGCUGAAAAAGCUGUGUGUUUGAAAAUAAAAAAGAUGUACUGUAUAUUAUGUGUUUGUAAAGAAGAAAAAAAAUGCAGAAUCCCAAAAUUAAAUUGUUUUAUAUUCUUACGGUUAAAACAAU